GAAAUUUUUUUCGAGUUUCUGUUUCUGGGUUAAUGGAAAUUAGGGUUUUGUUAAAGGGGAGGCGUUGAACAUGAAGAUGAUGAUAGAGACUUGUAGUCUCCGACAACGAUGAAGAGAAAGAAAGAAAGGAAUUUAAAAGCCUAUUGAAUAUUCGCAGAUUAGCCCCAGAGAAUCCGCAGCAGAUGUCACAUUCCUAUAAAGCAGCUCACUGGAUUUGAGGAUUUGUGUGUUGAAGUUAUGCUCACAUGGGUGACAUUCAAGAAAGAUUGUCUGUUUCAUCAUCUUCGUCUUCUUCAACAAGCUCAUUGUCAGUAACAACCGCACAACCCAAACAAGAUUCAUUGCCAAUAGAUGGAGAGUUUUGGAUGGUUGCAGAAGAGAGAGCUCAUGAGAUACUAAGCAUUAUACAACCUUCCCUUGUUUCAGAUAGAAGUAGGAAUGAGAUUAUUGAUUAUGUACAUACUCUAAUCAAGAAUCAUGAUGGGACUGAGGUAUUUUCAUUUGGUUCAGUGCCUCUAAAGACUUAUCUCCCUGAUGGAGAUAUUGAUCUGACUGUCCUAACUAAGAGAAACGUGGAGGAUGAGUUCUUUCAAAGAUUGUAUGAUACACUUAAAAAUGAAGAAGGCAAAUCUGAAUUCAAUGUAACAGAUGUUCAGUUCAUCCCUGCACAGGUGAAGGUUAUAAAAUGCAACAUUAGGAGCAUCGCUGUGGAUAUCUCCUUUAAUCAAACCGCAGGGCUUCGUGCUUUAUGUUUUCUGGAACAGGUUGACCAACUCUUUGGGAGAGAUCAUCUUUUCAAACGUAGCAUCAUUUUAACUAAAGCUUGGUGCUAUUAUGAGAGUCGAAUUCUUGGUGCCAACACUGGAUUGAUCUCAACGUAUGCAUUGGCUGUACUAGUCUUGUAUAUCAUCAACCUAUUUCAUUCAUCAUUAUCCGGCCCUUUAGCGGUUUUGUAUAAGUUCUUGGAUUACUAUAGUUCAUUUGAUUGGAGCAGCUACUGCAUUACUGUUAGUGGUCCUGUGCCAAUAUCUUCCCUUCCAGAACUUAUAGCAGCUUCUUCAGAAAAUGGGCAUGAGUUAUUGCUUGAUGAGAAGUUUUUAAAAGACUGUGUAGAGUUAUAUUCUGUACCAACUAAGACUAUUGAAACAAAUGGUCUUGAGUUUCCUAUCAGACAUCUCAACAUAGUUGAUCCUCUUAAACAUAGCAACAACCUUGGAAAAAGUGUUACAAAAGGAAAUUUCAAAAGGAUAAUGCAUGCUUUUACAUUGGGAGCUAGAAAGCUAAGAGAUGUUCUUUCACUACCUGGUGAGACCAUGGGAUGGAGACUUGAGAGGUUCUUUGGAAACUCUUUGGAGAGGAAUGGUAAGGGACAGAGACAAGAUGUGAAUGAUCCGGUUACAGCUUUUGGUACUGGGAGAUCAGAGCUAUCUGAACUCAGUGGAGACUUUGAAGGUUACUUUGGUAGGCUUGUGUAUGGUCAAAUGUAUCAUAGUCAUAGGGAUGCAAGUGCUUGGGAUGUUGUCCGUCACCAUGUGAAUUACAGAAAGAAUGAGUUUUAUCGUAGAAGUCUGAAUGGUUCAACGUCAAUGCAGCCUUCACCGCUGCAUUCUUUAACUAAUGGAAAGUCUAGAGGAACAGGAACUUUUAUUCCUGACAUGGGUCAACAGUUAUACUCUGAGAAGUUAAGAGACUCUGGUACUAGAAACUCAGUACCGUUUCAUCAUUUAGAGUCUUCUGCUGAGGCAAGAGAUGACAAUGGAGCUAGUGAGCUGUCUGGUAAAGUGUCUACUUCUUGUGCCAGUAUCAAAGGAGAAGAAUGUGUGAAACCAGAGACUUGUAGUAAAGAUCAUCAUGUUUUGAGUCCUCUAAGAUCAGGGGACGUGGAGGUUGGUGACAUUUGCCACUCUUCAACACCAGAAAAUGGCAAAGAAGAGGAGAGCAAAUCAUCCCAAACGUUGAACGGUUCUUGACUUUAGUGACUGUUACAGAAUUUUUGGUUGGUCCCUUGGUUAUAUACCUCCAGGAUAACUUGCUUCUCUUAAAAAACAACAUGAACAAACUUUUAUUUAGGAUUCAAAAGAUUCAUCAGGAACUUGCUUACUUGUUGUGGACCAAUGUUUCAUGAGAGAUCUCUUCUUUGUUGCUGGUAGGACAACAUACACAAGUGGUAUGUUAUAUAGGUUAUAAGUUAUUGG